AGAGAGAGAUAUUUAAGGUUCUUAACACAAUGGUGAAGAUCUGCUGCAUUGGAGCUGGCUAUGUUGGUGGACCAACCAUGGCAGUGAUUGCCCUCAAGUGUCCAGCAAUUGAAGUAGCAGUUGUUGAUAUCUCAGUGUCAAGAAUUGCUGCCUGGAACAGUGACCAGCUCCCAAUUUACGAGCCGGGUCUUGAUGAGAUUGUGAAGCAGUGCAGGGGGAAGAACCUCUUCUUCAGCACAGCUGUGGAGAAGCAUGUUGCUGAGGCUGACAUUAUCUUCGUUUCGGUUAACACGCCGACCAAGACUAGAGGCCUGGGGGCUGGCAAGGCUGCUGACUUGACAUACUGGGAGAGUGCAGCUAGGAUGAUUGCAGAUGUGUCCAAGUCCAACAAGAUUGUGGUGGAGAAGUCGACGGUUCCGGUGAAGACUGCAGAAGCUAUUGAGAAGAUUUUGACUCACAACAGUAAAGGGAUUAAGUAUCAGAUUCUGUCAAACCCGGAGUUUCUUGCUGAGGGGACAGCAAUUGAGGAUCUGUUCAGACCUGACCGAGUUUUGAUAGGUGGGAGGGAAACUCCUGAAGGACAGCAGGCAGUGCAGUCACUGAAAGAAGUGUAUGCUAAUUGGGUACCUGAGGACAGAAUUAUCACAACUAAUCUAUGGUCAGCUGAGCUGUCGAAGCUCGCUGCGAAUGCCUUCUUGGCGCAGAGGAUCUCGUCUGUUAAUGCUAUGUCAGCUCUGUGUGAGGCUACUGGAGCAGAUGUCUCACAGGUGGCUCAUGCUGUGGGGAAAGACACCAGAAUUGGACCCAAGUUUCUUAAUGCCAGUGUUGGUUUUGGCGGGUCUUGUUUCCAGAAGGACAUUCUCAACCUGGUCUAUAUCUGUGAGUGCAAUGGACUACCUGAAGUUGCAAACUACUGGAAACAAGUGAUCAAGGUGAAUGACUACCAGAAGAAUCGAUUCGUUAACCGAGUUGUGUCUUCCAUGUUCAACACUGUUUCAGGCAAGAAGAUUGCCAUUCUUGGGUUUGCAUUCAAGAAAGACACAGGUGACACUAGGGAGACACCUGCCAUUGAUGUCUGCAAGGGCCUGCUGGGGGACAAGGCACAUUUGAGCAUAUAUGACCUGCAGGUAACUGAGGAGCAGAUCCAGAGGGAUCUGUCGAUGAACAAAUUCGAUUGGGAUCAUCCGAUUCAUCUGCAGCCAGCCAGUCCUAUUGGAGUGAAGCAAGUCAGUGUUGUAUGGGAUGCUUAUGAGGCCACCAAAGGAGCUCAUGGGAUCUGCAUUCUAACUGAGUGGGAUGAAUUCAAGGCACUCGAUUACAAGAAGAUUUACGACAACAUGCAGAAGCCUGCAUUUGUGUUUGAUGGAAGGAAUGUUGUUGAUGUUGAGAAGCUGAGGAAGAUUGGAUUCAUUGUCUACUCAAUUGGGAAGCCAUUGGACUCUUGGCUCAAGGACAUGCCUGCUGUGGCAUAAGAUGGAGUCUUCUCUUAAUAAAGCUUUACACAGAUGUCUCUGAUUCUUUGAAUUUUUGUUUUAUUUUUCAUUUUCAGUUACUGUUCUUGCCUUUGAAUAUGUAUAAUUAGUUAUGUUGUCUCACAGUCUAAGCUUCAAAUUUAUAUAAAAUAAAAAGAAAAUGUUGCUGUUAA